CGAGAUUUCUGAUCAGGAUUGUUAAAAUGAGUCUGCGGAAGCAAACCCCCAGCGACUUCUUAAAGCAAAUCAUUGGACGACCAGUAGUGGUAAAAUUAAAUUCUGGAGUGGAUUAUCGAGGGGUCCUGGCUUGCCUGGAUGGCUACAUGAAUAUAGCCUUGGAGCAGACAGAAGAAUAUGUAAAUGGGCAACUGAAGAAUAAGUAUGGGGAUGCAUGUAUCCGCGGGAACAAUGUGUUGUACAUCAGCACGCAGAAGAGGAGGGUGUGAAGGAGUCAAGCCUGCGGCACUCUUCAGACUUGGAUAUAUUUUUUUAUGAGAUCUUUUUGGGGUUUUUUGAUAUAAUUUGUCAAAUUUCAUAAUGGUGAUGUUUCACUGACAUGUGAGUAAGGUAAAUGUAUACAG